GUUGGCAGUACUUGAAACUGAAUAUAUACUUAUAACAAAUAAUAUAGCUAAUGAUAGAUGUAAGGUUACUUGAAGCUUUAACAGUAAAUGCAAAUCUUAUGAGCUGUUCGUUUCCGACGAAUUAUUAGAGAUGGACUUAAGUAGACCGAAGCGUGAUAGAUCAGCGAACUUCAGCAGUGAAGAUACUCAUAUGCUGGUAAAUAUCAUAUACAAAUAUGCAACUAUAAUCGAAAAUAAAACCACAAAUGCGAUAAUGUGGCAUAAAAAGGAAGAGGCGUGGAAAAAAGUUACGGCGGAAUUUAAUGCUUUGCGGUCUAUGAAGCGAACGGUGAAAAUGUUAAAAAUCAAAUACGAUGGUCUGAAGAGAGCGCUGAAAAAGAAAACUGCAACGAAUCGACUUCAAUCGUUGAACAAUACAAAUGAUAAAGAACAAAUAGCGCUUUAUACAAAUUUUGAAGAAAAAAUAUUGACUAUGAUGGCAAUGGGUUUUGAAACUAUGCAGGAGCGCGAAAAUGAUAAGUCACAAAGAGCUGUAACGCAAAUUACUGCAAGUCAGAAAAAUAACGUCACAGACUACCAAAAUCUAAACAAUUAUACGGCGCCAUUAAAACUAGUCACCGAUAUACAAGAAGCCAAUAAAAUCAACGGAAAUGGGUAUAGCUUAUCAGAAGAUGAAGAUAAAGCAAAUGACUGUAUGGACUCUAGUUUGGACUCUUGGAUUAUGCAAACAUCCACUAAUAACAAUACAGCACAUGAUCAAAAUAAUGUUGCACAUGAAGAUAAAGCUAAUGAUAAUAUGGAUUAUUCUUGGGAUUUGCGAACUAGAACGAAUUUAUCUACAACACCUGUAAGUGCGAAAGUGAAACAAAGACAAAGUAGCAUUACAGACAGACAUAAAAAUGUAUCGAUUUCGCGCAAAGAAUUUAACGAAAUAGAAUUACAAUUCGCGGUGGAAGAGCUCCGCAAGAAAGAGAAGAGUCUACGCAUGAAAGAACAAGAUCUUCUAAACAAAGCACAGAAUCUCAUCAAUAUUAGACAAAGACUUAACUCAUCGAACGUUGAUAUUGAAAAGCAAAGAAAAACGCACGCGAUAAAAGUUCUCAACAAACAGAAGCAAUUGGAAUUUUCUGUUUUGGAGAACGCACGAAGAGAGAAGGAGCAUUCAAUGGAUAUGUUAAUCAAAGAAAAGGAACUCGAGUUCGCAAUUUUGGAGAACGAAAGGAAGGAGAAAGAGCACAGAAUUAUGAUGCAAAUACUACAAUAUAAGUUAUGUGAUCAACAAAAAGAAUAAUAUAUUUAUUAGUUAUAGUUUAUAUAAGG